CGGCUGGGGGCGGAGUAGUUGUGGUCACGCUGCGGGUAUGGGAGUGAGUGGGCUAUUCGUUUUGAGACGCCGAACUGGCUCUCUACUCGCUGGUGCAGCAGCGGCGGCAGCAAGACCGCAGCCGAAAGGAGCAGAAGGGUGGGUGCCUGGCAGGGCCCACAGGUUCAGCAGCGCCGCCGCAGCCAUGGCCCCGAUCAAGGUGGGAGAUGCUAUCCCCCAUGUGGAGGUGUUUGAAGGUGAGCCAGGAAACAAGGUGAACCUGGCAGAACUGUUCAAGGGCAAGAAGGGUGUGCUGUUUGGAGUUCCUGGGGCCUUUACGCCUGGCUGUUCCAAGACCCACCUGCCAGGGUUUGUGGAGCAGGCUGAGGCUCUGAAGGCCAAGGGGGUCCAGGUGGUGGCAUGUCUAAGUGUUAAUGAUGUCUUCGUAGCUGCUGAGUGGGGACGAGCUCACAAGGCAGAAGGCAAGGUUAGGCUCUUGGCUGACCCCACUGGUGCCUUUGGGAAGGAAACAGAUUUAUUACUAGAUGAUUCAUUGGUGUCCCUCUUUGGGAAUCGACGGCUUAAGAGGUUCUCCAUGGUGAUAGAAGAUGGUGUAGUAAAGACCCUCAAUGUGGAACCCGAUGGCACAGGACUCACCUGCAGCUUGGCACCUAAUCUCAUGUCACAGCUCUGAGGCCCUGGUCCUAGGCUUGUUUCCUCUACCCGAUCCCAUCUCACUUGCCAACCCUGGGCAGAAGGGCCCAGCCCAGCCUGUGCUGGGCCUGCCCAUUGGAACCUUGGCAAAAUUUCUAUAAUAAACACUUCUGGUUCAUGCCUGU